AUGGCUUCCAGGUCAGUGGAGGAACUCUGUUGUCCAGUCUGUCAGGACGUCUUUAGAGAUCCUGUUCUUUUGUCAUGUAGCCACAGCUUCUGUAAAGACUGUCUGAUGAACUGGUGGAGACAGAAACAAGCACGUGAGUGUCCAGUUUGUAAGAAAAGAUCUUCAAGGGAAGAACCACCUUGUAACCGGGUGUUGAAGAACCUGUGUGAGGCCUUCUUUUUGGAGAGAGAUCAGAGAGCUUCAGAGGCUCUCUGCAGUCUGCACUGUGAGAAACUCAAACUCUUCUGUCUGGACCAUCAGCAGCCAGUGUGUGUCGUCUGCAGAGAUUCAGAAAAACACAGCAACCACAGAUUCAGACCCAUCGAUGAAGCUGCACGACAGCACAAGAAGGAACUUCAGGAAACUCUGGAGUCCUUAAAGGAGAAGUUAAAGGUUUGUGAUCAAGUUAAAGUGAAGUUUGAUCAAACAGCAGAACACAUUAAGGUCCAGGCCCGAUACACAGGGAGGCUGAUUAAGGAGCAGUUUAAGAAGCUUCACCAGUUUCUAGAUGAGGAAGAGGAGGCCAGGAUGGCUGCACUGAGGGAGGAAGAGGAGCAGAAGAGUCAGAUGAUGAAGGAGAAGAUGGAGGCUCUGAGCAGAGAGAUAGCAGCUCUUUCAGACACAGUCAGAGCCACAGAGGAGGAGCUGAGAGCUGAAGACGUCUCAUUCCUGCUCAGCUACAAAGCUGCAGUGGAAAGAGUCCAAGUCCAGCAGCGCCCCCUGCUGGAUGAUCCACAGCUGCCCUCAGGAGCUCUGAUAGACCAGGCCAAACACCUGGGCAACCUGACCUUCAACAUCUGGAACAAGAUGAAGGACGUGGUCUCCUACACUCCUGUGAUUCUGGAUCCAAACACUGCAAAUCCAAGACUCAUCCUGUCUGAAGAUCUGACCAGCGUGAGGGGAGGAGAGAGACAGCAGCUUCCCGACAAUCCAGAGAGGUUUGAUAAAUACUGGUCUGUUCUGGGCUCUGAGGGCUUUAACUCAGGGACUCACAGCUGGGAUGUCGAGGUUGGAGACAGUGUAGUCUGGUCACUGGGUGUGUUAGCAGAGUCUGUCCAGAGGACGGGACUCAUACAUUUUGGAUUAUGGGGAAUGUGGUUCCAUGAAAGUAAAUACUCAGCAUGGUCAUUACCAGAUCCACCCACUGUUCUCAAAGUGCAGAAGAAGCCCCAGAGGAUCAGAGUGAAUCUGGACUGGAACAGUGGAGAGCUGUCGUUCUCUGAUCCUGAUACUAACACACACAUACACACCUUCACACACACUUUCACUGAGAGGCUGUUUCCAUUUAUUUUCACUGGGGAUGAACUAAAAAUAUCACCUCUGAAGAUGUGUGUGACAGUGGAACAGAACAGGUGGGGAUAAAUAAGAUGAUUAUAUUCAUGAAGCGCUCUCUUUCCUAUUGUGUGUGUGUAUUGCACAGUGGAUAAGAGACAUGCCUUUGGUGUGAGAGACCCGGGUUCGUAUCAACUGUGAGACACCAA